UUUAUUUCUAUUACUAUUGCAAAUACAAACAUAAGAAAAAUGAAUAACCACACAAGCAUCAUCCCUCAGAUUGAUAUUAAAGAGGAUAAGAUUUUCUUACCCCUAAAUACUUUGACAUUGACUCUCGAAGCACCAAUUCCCGAUUCCUGAUUGAACUUCCUGACUAUGACAGUUUCAUCAAUGAAGUAUGACAUGAUUAAUAAGUCUGAUUUGGAAAUUGUGGCUACUGAAAGACAACAAAGUUUGGCAGACCAGUUCGUCACUGGAAUCCCUUCCAAAACAAAAACGCUCCAGAGCUCUAUUAAGCCAUUAGAAGAGAAGCAGGGACUUGCUCUUGAUGAGUUGACUCAGAGACUUUCCUGCUGCUCAGAUCUUCUUCCAGCACCAACAGAAAUGAAGAAUCAUUUUAAUAGUUCUGAUGAAAGUCCUUUGUCAGAAAAUAUGGAUGAAGUGAAUCAGUUUCCUCAUGAGGUUGCUACUAUUACUGAUGAGGCUACUGGUCAGAAUAGAAAGAUCUUCACGUGUCGUUAUAAGAAUUGAGGGAGGGAAUUUAACCAGCAAAAUAAUUUUAUCAAACAUGCUAAUAUACAUACUCUCAAAAAGCCCUUCAAGUGUACCAUGUGCUUAGAGAGGUUUGCUCAGAAAGGAAACCUUAAGAGGCAUAUGAGGACCCAUAGAGGUGCAAGCAGGACCAAUAAAAAGAAGUUCCAGUGCGAGAUUUGCUACAAGAAGUACUCCACCAAGUUCAACUUAAAAGUACAUAAGAAGACAUGUCACAAUAUUUGUGAGGCUUAAUUCUUGGACAACAUAAGAUUAUGUCUUGGCCAGUAUAGCAUGGUGACCUGACUCGGCCCACUAGGAUGGAGUCACGUUAUUAAUAACAUAUUUAAGCAAGGUAUCUGAUCUAGUGAAGCGUUUCAAUGAAAU